CUUGAUAUAUUGUUUUGGUCAACAGGUUGCAUAUCGUAAAUUUGUUCAUGAAUUAAACAAAAUAGCAAUUGCCGGUAAAACAACCGCUUUUUUUUUCAAUUUGCUCGUAAAAGAACGUGUAACUGAGGAAAUUCUGUAUUCAGCUUUCGUUCACUUAGUUUUGCUAACUAUACUAUGUCAAUUUUCAAUCGUGAGAUAUGUGACUCUAAUAAUCCAUUAGUGUUUUUCGACAUCCAAAUUGACGAAGAAAAAGUUGGUAGACUUUUGAUUGAACUUCGAGCGGAUGUUGUGCCUAAAACGGCGGAAAAUUUCCGCGCUCUGUGCACCGGCGAAAAAGGCUGCUCGAAGAACACCGGAACACGGCUGCAUUUCAAAGGAAGCAAGUUUCACAAAAUAAAGCCACUGUUCAUGUGUCAAGGUGGGGAUAUCGUCAGCUUCGAUGGCAAUGGUGGGGAGAGCAUUUAUGGCAAGACCUUUGAGGAUGAGAACUUUACGUUGUCGCAUGAAGAUGGUGCAGUUAGCAUGGCAAACAUGGGCAAACCUGAUACAAACAGCUCACAAUUCUUUAUUACCUCGGGCGAUUGUUCUCAUCUGAAUGAGAUCAAUGUGGUUGUCGGUUAUGUUAUCAGGGGUAUUGGGAUAAUCGCGGAAAUGGAAAAAUUUGCUUCAAAAGAUGGUAAACCAUUCCAAGAUAUUAUGAUUGUGGACUGCGGCCAGAUCAAACCCGGUGAAGAUUGGGGCAUUGGUGAUGAGGACGAAUCAGAGGAUAGAUUGCCACCGUUUCCCAGAGAUUGGGACGAAUGUGGAGCAGAUUAUACGAUAAAAGAAAUGUUGGAAAUACUCAAUAACAUCAAAGGCGCUGGAAAUUUUUUCUUCAAGCAAAGUCGGUGGAUUGAAGCUUGUCGGCGUUACAAGAAAGCGGAGCGAUACCUCAAUUUUUUUCACAAUAACGUCCGUACCAUCGAAGAUCGCUCAGAGAUGGAUAAAUUUCUUGUCACCAAUUGUCUUAAUCAGGCAGCUGCAAUGAUCAAACUGGAGGAAUAUGAGAAUGCAAUUUAUGCAUGCAAAUCGGCGCUCAUUCUAGAUCCACAUAACGCGAAAGCCUUAUUUCGGCGAGGGCAGGCUCACCAUAUGCUCAAAAACUACGAAUUGGCGGUAAAGGAUUUGCGAGAAGCAAUGCAGCAGAGUCCCAGUGACAAAAUAGUACUUAGCGAAUACACGCGGGCAAAAAGGAGCCUCAGUUGCUACCUAGAGCAGCAGAGAAAGGGUCUUACCAAAAUGUUCAAAUAAAAAAGUGAUUUCCGGAAUACUGUGCAUGGUGUGGCAUUGUGCUUUGAUUUUUAUUUAUGAACAAUGAUAAUAAUCUUUUUUUUAUUUAUUGGUUCAAAAGUAUAUAUUUCGUAAUUUUUUACCUUUCAUUGGCACAGGACAUACGAACAAAAAAUAAAUAAUUGGCAUACUUGCAAUGAAAGCUAAAUUUAUAAAUUGUAU